AUGGCUUUCAGAAUUCAAUCUCAGCACCUUUCAUUGGCUUUUCUUUUGCUGGGAAUGUUGGCACUUCAAGCCACAUCUCGCACUCUCCAAGAGGCCUCAAUGCAGGAGAGGCAUGAACAAUGGAUGGCUCGCCAUGGCAAAGUGUAUAGAGACUCUCAGGAGAAGGAGAAGCGUUUGAACAUAUUCAAGCAAAAUGUGGAGUACAUUGAAGGCUUCAACAAUGCUGGAACCAAACCUUACAAACUAGGAAUCAAUCGGUUUGCAGAUCUCACCAAUGAAGAAUUCACUGUUUCUAGGAAUAGAUUCAAGGGUCAUAUGUGCUCCUCAAUCAAAAGGACACCCUCUUUCAAGUAUGAAAAUGCGACUGAUGUGCCUUCCUCUGUGGAUUGGAGAAACCAAGGUGCAGUGACACCCAUCAAGAAUCAAGGGGAUUGUGGAUGUUGUUGGGCAUUUUCUGCUGUGGCAGCGACAGAAGGAAUCACCAAGUUGAGCACGGGCAAACUGAUCUCUUUAUCAGAGCAAGAGCUAGUUGAUUGCGACACAAAGGGUGUGGACCAAGGUUGUGAGGGAGGUCUAAUGGAUGAUGCCUUCAAAUUUAUCAUGCAAAACCAUGGUCUAAACUCAGAGGCCAACUACCCUUAUAAGGGUGUUGAUGGAACCUGCAAUGCCAAUGGUGAAGCCAAUCAUGCGGCUACAAUUAAGGGGUAUGAGGAUGUUCCUGCCAAUAAUGAGCAGGCAAUACAAAAAGCCGUGGCGAACCAACCGGUUUCAGUGGCCAUAGAUGCAAGUGGAUCUGAUUUUCAAUUUUACUCAAGUGGCAUUUUCACAGGUUCUUGUGGCACUGAGCUGGAUCAUGGUGUUACUGCUGUUGGUUAUGGUGUCACCGAUGACACUGAGUAUUGGCUAGUGAAAAACUCAUGGGGUACAGAGUGGGGUGAAGAAGGAUACAUCAGGAUGCAAAGAAAUGUGAAUGCUAAGGAAGGCCUUUGUGGCAUAGCAAUGCAAGCUUCUUACCCUACUGCUUGA